CAACAACCAACAAAGAAUGUUGUAGAUGGAAAAGACUUUGUUAAACUAACUAAAAAAGCUUUAAAACUUGGUGCCGAAUCUCUUGAUUUUUCGGGGGCACCCAACAUCAAUUUUCGGAAAAUAUCUGUUCGGGAGACGAUUUGAGAUCUAGAAUUUUCGGAACAUUUGUUGUAAAAUUUGUUGCUUGACUGCCUCUCCUAGGAUUUUCGAACAUCUGACAACUGGUAUAAUUACCCAUUUUUAACGGAUUUUUACCAUAGUAAGGUCACCUAGAAUUUUCGGGAGCCUUUUUUCUGGCUGAAAUUUUCGAAAAGUUAAGUUUUGAUAUCUAUAAUUUUCGGAUCACUAGACUUUUAGCUAGGAAAUCCGAACAGAUGGAAAAUUUUUAGGGGACAAAAAUAUGCCUCAUACCGUUUAAAUACUAAAAUUUGAUCAACAAUGCAUGUUUAAGUGAUUUUGAACUAUAUCCUCGUUGGGUGGUGCUGAUAUUUUCAAUCGAAAAAAUAGUAAAUAUGUUGCAACACUCAAGGAUGGGAAAAAAGUUAAUUUUGGUAACCAAAAAUAUGAAGAUUUUUUAAUUCAUGGUGAUGAAGAGCGAUGA